AUGGUGGAUGGAUUAUGUGAACAGUUCAAGAUCAGACAUCGAAAUUCUAUCAUUUACAGGCCUCAAAUGAAUGGAACCGUCGAAGCCGUAAAUAAGAAUUUGAAGAAAAUCAUUCGUAAGAUGACUGAAACACACCGGGAUUGGCAUGAGAAGCUGCCUUAUGCAUUGAUGGCGUAUAGAACUACUAUCAGGACUUCUACCGGAACAACUCCUUACUCUCUUAUGUAUGGAAUGGAAGCAGUAUUGCUUGCAGAAGUUGAAAUUCCUUCCUUUUGCAUUUUAAUGGAAGCUCAGAUAAAAGAUGCUGAAUGGGUCAGGGAACGCUAUGAGCAGUUGUCUCUAAUUGAUAAAAAGAUGUUGAAUGCCGUUUGUCAUGGGCAAUGUUAUCAGCGACGAAUGGCUCGAGCUUACAACAAAAAAGUUAAACCCCGUUUGUUUGAAGUUGGAGAUAAGGUGUUGAAACAGAUUCUUCCAAUGCAAGAGGAGGCUAAAGGGAAGUUUGCUCCCAAUUGGUAA